CUUGCAACACCAUCUCUUGCUGGCGACAGACAGUUGCAGCAGCUGCCUGGUGCGCAGCGUCGACUCCCUCGCGCGCAACACUAUUGGCCUCGCGCUCUCCCAUACUCACUCUUCGCGCGUUUCAUUUCGUGCAGCCCCGUCAGCAAACAGCCAACACUCUCCUUUCAGGCUCGCAUCGGCCACCAACCGCGUUCACUAUACUGUCACAGUCCGCCCAAGCUGCAAUCCAGGCUGAUUGUACAUGGUGACUGCACGGGACGCAGAGCUCAUUCCCAGUGCCCACUCACAAUCACUACCAUAACGCCCCCAAGAACCGCACAGCCAUCGUGUACCCGCCGCCGAGCUGGCAAACCGCCAAGAUGGAUUCCGACAUUUCCAACGACUCCGUCUUCGACGACGUCGAGAAUGACUCUGAUGCGUUCUCGCCCGAGGCUAAGCCAAAGGCGAAACCAGCUGUGAAGAAGGCGGCAACCGCCAAGCCAAAAGCCGCCCCAAAGAAGAUGGCCCAAACCACACUGAAAAGCAAGGCCGCUCCGAAGAAGCGUGCCAAGCCGGAAGACGACGAUGACAACAACGACGAGUCUGGCUUCACAAAUACGCCACCUACCAAGAAGAAGCAGAAGAAGGAGCCAGCUGUCAAGAAAACAGGCGGCAACCCGCUCGAGGAGAUUGAGAACGACAGCAUGAUGGUGGACGGACCUUCGGAGCCCAAGCCUAGCAAGAAGACAGCCACAGAGACAUAUCAGAAGCUUUCACAACGCGAACAUAUCCUUGUGCGUCCCGACACGUACAUCGGCUCCGUGGAACGCACCGAACAGCAGAUGUGGGUGUACAACAAGGAACUCCAGCAAAUGGAGAACCGCAAAGUCAGCUUCGUGCCUGGUCUCUACAAGAUCUUUGACGAAAUCCUCGUCAACGCUGCCGACAACAAGCAGAGAGACGCAACGAUGACCUAUAUGAAGAUCACAAUCAACCGUGCCGAAGGCCAAGUGUCAGUAGAAAACAACGGCAAAGGCAUACCAGUCGAAAUCCACGAGAAGGAAAACGUCUACAUUCCCGAACUCGUGUUUGGUCAUCUCCUUGCAGGUUCCAACUUCGAUGAUAACGAAAAGAAGACUGUGGGAGGCAGGAACGGUUAUGGUGCCAAGCUGUGUAACGUGUUCAGUACCGAAUUCACACUCGAAUGCCAGGACUCCAAGAAUGGCAAGCGUUACAAGCAGACAUGGACGAACAACAUGACCAACAUGUCCAAGGCGAAAAUCACAUCGAGCACUUCAAAAGACUUUGUUCGCAUUACCUUCAAGCCAGAUUGGGACAAAUUUGGCAUGCCAAACGGAAUUGACGACGAUCUCGAGGCGCUGCUCCACCGCCGUAUCUAUGAUAUGGCUGGAACUGUCUCAGGCGUCAAAGUCAGCCUCAACGAUGAGGUGCUGAAGCUCAACUUUGCCAAGUAUUGCGAGCUCUACUCCAAGGCCAUUGCAAAGGAGCGUGGCGAUGAGGAUCUCUCUGGUCCCAACUCGAAGGUCAUCAUCGAGACCGAGGGCCACAAGGGCCGAUGGCAGAUUGGUUUUGCCGUCUCAGACGGGUCGUUUCAGCAGGUGUCAUUUGUCAACUCUAUUGCCACCACGACUGGUGGUACGCACGUCAACUACAUCGCUGAUCAGAUCUGUGAAUCUUUGUUGAAGUCACUCAACAAGAAGAAGAAGGGCCACUCUUUGAAGGCCAAUCAUAUUCGGAAUCACAUCUUCAUCUUCAUCAACUGUCUGAUCAACAACCCGGCUUUCAACUCGCAGACCAAGGAGCAGAUGACGACAAAGGUCAGCCAGUUUGGAAGCAAAUGUGUACUUUCAGAUGGCUUUUUGAAGAAGAUUGGCCAGACUGAUGCCAUAAACAACAUCAUCCACUUUGCCGAGCAGAAGGCAGACAAGAUGAUGGCCAAGAGUGACGGCAGCAAACGCUCCAGAGUUAGCAAUGCCAAGCUGGUGGACGCCAACUUGGCUGGAACACGACACAGCCACGAGUGUACCCUGAUCUUGACGGAAGGUGACUCAGCCAAGAGUUUAGCUGUGGCAGGCCGUGCGAUCCUUGACCCAGACCGCAUCGGUGUCUUCCCACUGCGAGGAAAGAUGCUAAACGUCCGCGAUGCCUCGAUUGACCAGAUCACGAAGAAUGCCGAAAUCCAAAACAUCAAGCAGUUCCUUGGAUUGAAGCAUAAGCAGACGUACACUGAUGUCAAGGGUCUCCGUUAUGGCCACUUGAUGAUCAUGGCCGAUCAGGAUCACGAUGGCAGUCACAUCAAGGGGCUGUUGAUCAACUUCCUCCAGGUUCAAUACCCCUCUCUCUUGCAGAUUCCAGACUUCUUCAGAGAGUUCAUCACUCCGAUUGUCAAAGUCUGGCAAGGUCCGAACCCCAAGAAGCCACUCAAGAUGAAGUCUUUCUUCACACAGCCCCAGUACGAGGAAUGGAAGGAGGCACACCAAGCCGAGAUCAAGAAGUGGCAAUACAAAUACUACAAGGGUCUGGGAACGAGUUCGAAUGAAGACGCACAAGUCUAUUUCACCAACCUAGACGAUCACCUGAAAGAGUUCGAGGUCAUGCAGCCAUCUGAGGCUGAACUCUUUGACCUGGCCUUCUCAAAAAAGAAAGCUGAUGCUCGCAAGGAAUGGCUCGGCAAGUUUGUGCCAGGCACAUAUCUGGAUCACACGACAAAGACUAUCUCCUACGACAACUUUGUGAACCGAGAGCUGAUCUUGUUCAGCAUGGCAGACAACAUGCGGUCCAUUCCGUCUAUGAUUGAUGGCCUGAAGCCCGGUCAGCGCAAGGUUAUCUACGCCUGUCUGAAGCGCAAUCUAGUCAAAGACAAGAAGGUCAUUGAGUUGGCAGGUUACGUGUCAGAACAGACUGCUUAUCACCACGGUGAGCAGUCUUUGCAGAUGACCAUUAUCGGUCUUGCGCAAAAUUUCUGCGGCUCAAACAACGUCAACUGUCUUGAGCCCAGCGGAAACUUCGGUUCUCGACUUGCCGGUGGAUCCGAUGCUGCCAGCGCUCGUUACAUCCACACGCGCUUGUCCCCGUUUGCCCGCCGUGUGUUCCACCCAUUGGACGAGCCCAAUCUCAACCACAAUGUCGAAGAUGGUAAGCGGAUCGAGCCUGAAAACUAUGCGCCAGUUAUCCCGAUGCUCCUGGUGAAUGGUGCAGAUGGUAUCGGCACAGGUUGGAGUACCUCAAUUCCCAAUUACCACCCCACGGAGAUUAUCAAGAACUUGAAACGUCGCAUGGGCCGCCUCGAAGGCGAGGAAGGCAUCGAGUCGCCUUUCGAGCCUAUGACGCCGUGGUUCAGAGGCUGGAAGGGAACCGUCGUUCCUGCUGAGACCAACCGGUACCAGUUCAAUGGUGUUGCCUACCAAGACGAGAAGAAACCCAACGAGGUCAUAAUCACGGAGCUGCCAAUCCGCAUGUGGACAGACGACUUUAAGGCCCGCCUCGAAGAGAUCAUCCGUGCUGAAAAGGCCCCGUCGUUCAUCAAGGACUACAAGGAGUUCAACGACCACAACAAUGUCCAUUUCGAGAUUCAGAUGGAUGAGAAGCACAUGAAGGCUGCGCUCGAGGAAGGACUUCUGGAGCGGUUCAAGCUGCAGAAACAGAUUGCCACCAGCAACCUGGUUGCGUUCGACACUCGCGGCAUGAUUCGCAAGUACGAGAAGGUUGAGGAUAUUCUCGAGGAGUUUUACGUGUACCGCCUGAAGAUGUACAAGCUGCGCAAGUCACACUGGCUUGGUGUGUACCACGCCGAUUAUCGCAAGCUUCAGAAUCAGUACCGCUUCAUCAAGGAGAUUAUGGAUGGCGAACUUGUUGUCAGCCGGAAGAAGAAGGCCAUCAUUGUUGACGAGCUGCGCACACGUAACUACGAAGCUUUCCCCAAGUCAGGCGAUGCGAAGAAGGCCAAGUCCGAGGACGAUGAAGAUGCCGAAGACGAGGGCGGCGACCAAGAACAGGAUAACGAUGUUUCUGGCGGUGCACAAGACUACGACUAUCUGCUUGGAAUGGCUAUCUGGUCGUUCACACAAGAGCGACUUGACAGACUGAAGGAGCAGAUUGCUAAGAAGAAGGCUGAACAUGAUGACCUCGAGGCUCUCAGCGAAAAGGACCUGUGGUGUCGGGACCUGGACGAUUUCGAGGCUGAGUGGGAGAACCAACUCCGUCUCGAUUCCGAGAUCAAGACUUCGAUUCGAAGAAUGGGUCGCCGCGUGUCAAAGAAGAUAGGAGCGGGCCGCGGACGGAAGAAGGACGACGAUGAUUAUGACCCUGCACCACGCCAGAGAGGGAGCAAGCCCGCGGCGAAACCCAAGGUGGAAAAGGUUGCUCCGCCAAAGGCUGCCUCACGAUUUGCGGAUGUCUUCGGAGCCAAGCCGAAGAAGUCUGACGGAGCCGGUACUGAUGGCGCCAAUGAUUCAGAUGCGUUUGACGAGGACGACUUUGCUGCGCUAAAGAGCAAGCCUGUGAAGAAGGAGGCUCCUGCCAAGAAGGCAGCCCCAGCCAAGAAGGCCGCGCCUGUCGAACCAGAGGAAUCUGCCGAUGAGGAAAUCGAGCGCGAGCCAGAGCCGGAGCCAGAGCCAGAGCCAGAGCCAGAGCCAGAGCUCCCCCCAGCACCUGCUGGGCGGACCAAGCGCGCGGCCGCGGUGCAGAAGAAGACCUGGAUCCUCGACGACUCGGACUCGGACAGCAAUGAUGACCAAAUGCUCGGCGACAUCGGCGCAAUGGUGAAAGGCAUCGGUGGCGGCGCAGCACAUGAGUCCUCAGAGGACAAACCUCGAGUCAGUUUGUACAACAUGACAAGACCAGAGAGCAGCCAUGGCCCUUCCACGUCUCUGAAAGUGAAGAGCAAGCCUUCCAAGACCUUCGACUUGGAUAGCCAUGACGACACAAACUACGAGAUGUUAGCCCGAUCAUCGCCAGCGAAGCCACCCCAGGCCGAUCCCCUGGACGACUUCCUCUCUGACGACGACGACGACGACGAUCUACCAGCGGUCAAGAAGAACGCCAAGCUCAAGGUUUCGCCAAAGGUUGCUGCCAAGUCUGCAGCCAGCGGUGCGGCUGCCAAGAAGCCAAGAGGUCGGCCAGCUGCUACGAAGGCAGCUGCUGCCAAGCCGACGCAGCUUUCUCCGGCUGCGAAGUUGUACGCCAAGAAGAAGGCUGCGCCCAAGUCCAAGAAGGACGACUUUGACAUGGACCUGGACGACGAUGAGGAGGACGACCUCGCCGAGCCCUCAUCGCCUCCGCCCAAGCCUGCUAGUCGCGGCAGACCUGGUCGUGCCGCCGCCGCCAAGGCCAAGCCGGUCUAUGUCGACGAAGACGACAGCGAGGACGCGGAUGACUAUGACAUGGACGAAAGCGACUAGACGCCGAGCUUUUUGUCAGUUGGUUGUCUCAUGGAGAGCACUAUGCAUUCAGGGUGUUUAGAGGAACUGGAAAAGCACAACGAGGGGGACUAGAUCAUUCUAUUCUGAGUGCACAGAGAAGAAAUGCAGACAAGGAUGUCUCUUGGUAUUGGCAAGGCGCUGGUGAUUUUCGGCCUCUGUUCAUGAUAUUGCUUGGGCACGA